AUGCGACCUCCACGUCUCCUCCUGAUACUCUUCUGCCUAAUCUUCUUCCCGAUCUUCCUCACCCUCUUUUCCGCGCUUUCUUCGCCUACUGUUGCGACCCCUAAUACGCUCGCUGGUCGGACGUCCGGGCUGCAUGCCCUAUUCUCAUUCAACAUUCCAUCGUCGCUCUUUCCUCCGUCGGCCAUUAUCAGCCUCACCGAUGACAACUCGACCUUUUUCCUGGCCCGCCCUGCGGCAUUUGGCCCGCUUCUCCCCGGUAAAGGCCUGAGUGGCCAGCUUUGGGUUGGAAGUGGCUUUGGUGAAGGUGGCUUAACCGCCGGGGUAGAAGGGGAGUUGGGCUGCUCUGAUAUUCCCGGCUGGGGCGAAGGUAAUGGUGCCAAGAACCCAGACUCGGCUGCCAGGGGCAGCGAACAGAAACCUGGGAAAUCUGGAAGUGGUGCCAUGAAUGAUACGCCUUCCUCGCAGAACCGCGCCCGGCUGCCAGCUCAGGCCGAAGCCGCCAGACAGAACGACCGAGGCGACGUUGCGGCUCCUCCCUCGUUGAACGACGGGACCGACGAUCAUUUGCAGACGGAUGGUGCUUCGGAUGCAGGGGCAACUCAGAAGUACGGAGACUACGUCCAAGCCAAGAAGUCUACACACGCCGAUAUCCAGUCGUUACAGGAGACUGCCGAGAUUCAGGGCAAUGUUGUGUUACUCAGCCGUGGUGGCUGUGGCUUCCUUGAAAAGGUCAAGUGGGCCCAACGUCGCGGUGCGGUUGCAGUGAUUGUUGGCGAUGAUACUCGAGGCGGUAAUCUGGUUACCAUGUAUGCUCGGGGUGAUACUUCGAAUGUUACCAUCCCAGCCCUAUUUACUUCCUACACCACUGCGCACCUUCUAUCGUCGCUGAUUCCCGCGCAUUCGGGUGGAACCACCGGCUUAGGCGAAGCGUCGAAAUCGUUACAUGCCAAGAUUGCCGGUCAGGCUAAUGCGGAUGCGCAAGGCCCAGCAGCAGCCACAACUACCAAGGCCACGACUGUUCCCUCGUCAACUUCUACCACCGUUUCCAAGGAUCAAGCUGCCGUUGUUUCGCAUUCCAAUGGUGGAUUCUUCCGUACUAUUGGCUCGUUCUUUGGCCUCUGUAGCAAACACGGAGGCUCAGGGCAUCAGGAGGAUAGCCGCCGCCCACCCAGCAGCGGAAACAUUGAUUGGCUCACGCCGGGUUCGUGGGAUAAGUCUGAACCUCUAUCGGGCUCCUCCAAGAAUUCAAUGAAUUCGAACCGUCGCAGCCGUGGCAAAGUUGAUGAUAACACGAGUUACAAGAAACUUGAGCUGUCACCCGAGGAUGAUAUUAGUGACGAUGAUUUUGUCAUUGGGGUUCAGGAUUGGAGAGAUCCUGACUUGAUGUUGCCCAAGAGCAGCACGCCGCCCACACCCAGCACCUCAGUGAGUGGCAAAGACAGUGCAAAGACAUCUGCGCCGGACGCAGAUACAGCGUCACCGUCCAGUUUGCUUCGCGGUGGCAGCAUAACUCCGGGAAGCGGUGAAUAUCAAAGCAUCGACAAGUCGACUGGUUAUGUUCGUGACGCGAGUGCGAAGAAUGCCGAGAAGGACUUCAAUACUGCAGACACAGAAUCCGGUUCCCCGAGCAAGGGCUGGUUCUCAAGCCACUUUGGGUGGGGUGAUGAACUGAAGCAGCCUGCCCAGCCUUCUUCAGCCGCGACCCAGAGCGCUGCAACAAUGAAUCAAAAGAGCCAAAAUCCGGUUUCUUCGUCAAGCGUCCCAACCAUCAUGUUCUCAGAACACGAGGGUCUUUGGGUUACCCUAACCCCAACCAGCAUGUCGACCAGCCCCUUCUUCGACACCCUUUUGGUUUUGGUUAUUAGUCCAUUAUUGACAUUGACCGUGGUCUAUGCAUUGCUGUUGCUUCGAUCUCGGAUUCGACGUCGCCGGUGGCGCGCACCCAAGUCGGUCGUUGAACGUCUUCCUGUCCGAACUUACCACACAAUUGCCCACACAUCUUCUUCUUCAUCAAGCUCCAGCUCUCCACGACCAUCCAGCCCCGGAGGUGUUUCGCCAACAUCCCCGCUUCUUGGUCACGAAAGCCGCUCCACUCAGUCUCGGCCGACCCGAUCGCGCUCACAAACUGUUGCAGGUGUUUUGACGGACUCGUCUUCGUUGCCCAAGGAAGAGAAAUCGGCGAGUGUGCAGUCUGGAUCAAUACUAUGGAGACGCAAAUACACUGGAAGACAAGUGGAAUGCGUGGUCUGCCUCGAGGAAUACGUGGAUGGACAAAGCCGGGUUAUGAGUUUGCCGUGUGGUCAUGAAUUCCAUGCGGAGUGCAUUACCCCGUGGCUUACCACCCGACGACGAACCUGUCCGAUCUGCAAGGGCGACGUUGUUCGCUCGAUGUCUCAUUCUCAACCUGGCGACACGCAGAACGAGUCUUCCGCCGAGGAUGCAGACCACCGAGCUGAUCCAACUGCUGCACCCGUUCUCAUUGCCGGGGUUGACGACGAUGAUAUCUCCGAUGAUGAACAGAAUGUGGGUCUUCUUUCUGGCCACUCGAGUUCCGCUCCACAGUCCAGUUGGCGAAACCUCGCCUCCCUUAGCUUCUCCGCUCUUAGUGGCGACACAAUCUGGCAUCAAGCCCAUGCGGACCGGAACCGCUAA